CGUGUUAAAUUGGUCAGAAGUGUCGUUUAGUGCAACAUUUCCUUACAGAGGAUCUAUGUUUGCAAAAAAAAAAAAGUGACAUAACCAUCGACCACAUGGUCCUUUACAACAUGCAAACCUGGAAAGAUUUACCGCCUUCAAGUCUUUGAUAGAUUGCUAGAACAAUCUUCAACGCACGUCCUGACGCACACAGGGGAAAUGUCAGUGUUUCCAAGAAUCUCCCUGAAGCCCGAAGUGACAGAGUAUCUUAGAAGUGCCUUCCUAAACAAAGAGGUGUCGGCAGCCGGGGGGCUCCAGGAGGCCGAGCGUCGUUUCCAGAAGCUGCUCACCUGUUUGUCCCACCCGCCUUCCUACACGUGCGUGCGAGCCAGCACUCACCUGGCUCCUCUGGAGGACAUCGGGCUCAGGCUGACGGAGGAGCUGAGGAAGCAGCAGAAGUGCAACUCGUCAGCAGAAGAGCUGUCUGUUGGCAUCGCUCCACACCCACGGCUCGCAGAUGUGCUUCUGCUUCCCGUUGACGGCCCGAGACCGGUGGAGCGGCUGAGCUCCGAGGUGGUGGUGGGCGCUCAGUGCGGCAGCGCCGUGCUCAGAGGGGCUCACGUCUUCGCCCCAGGGAUCGUCGGCAGCCCCAAGUACAUGAAGGCGGGAGACCCGGUGUCCGUCUUCUCCGAUUUAGAGGGGAGGUGCACACGUGGAGCGACGGGCUUCCAGGGAAACAAGGUGUUCGUGGGGAACGGAGUGGCCCAGAUGGAUCGCUCGGCCAUCUUCGCCACAGAUACGCCCGCCAGAGGCGUGGGUGUUCGGAUGGUGGAUCCACUUUACCAGAGUCCGUCCUUUGACGGCGUCCUGCCCGGCAUGGUGUUCCUGCAGAACCUCCCUUCUGUGGUGGUGGGCCACGUGCUCGGGCCCCGGCCUGGAGAACGGAUCCUGGAUAUGUGUGCUGCUCCUGGAGGGAAGACUUGCCACAUUGCUGCUCUCAUGGGCGAUAAGGGAGAGGUUGUGGCCUUGGACAGAAUCCGAAACAAGAUCGACCACAUUCGUCAGAACGCACAGAUGCUGAGUCUGCAGAGCAUCAAAGCUUACUGCUUCAACAGCACUCAUGCUGUAAGCGACGGCCCGACCCACCAAGCUGAAGGACCUCCUUUUCCUCCGGAGAGUUUUGACCGGGUUCUGCUGGACGCUCCCUGCAGCGGUCUGGGUCAGCGGCCCAACAUGGCCUGCAAAUGGAGCCUGAAGGAGGUCUGCUCCUACCAGCCACUGCAGCGCAAGUUGUUUCAUGCUGCGGUGCGGUUGUUAAAGAAAGGUGGAGUUUUGGUCUACAGCACCUGCACCAUCACUCUAGCAGAGAAUGAGGAGCAGGUAGCCUGGGCCCUCGGUGCUUUCCCCUGCCUCACUCUGCAGCCGCAGGAACCUCACAUCGGUGCGGAGGGCAUGCUGGGAGCCGGACUGUCACCCGAGCAGCUACGCGUCCUCCAGAGGUUCAGCCCCGAGCUGAGCUGGGAUCAGAUAGAAACGACGGCCCCCCUCGCCAGCAGGGCCGACAGGGACACCAUCGGCUUCUUCAUCGCCAAGUUCCUGAAAACCUGACCGCCAGGAUGUGUUUCCUCGCACCCAGACGGGGGAACUCUAUCGUUUACACUGAGACGCUGUGUAUACUUUUGAUGGGCCAUAUAAAACGGGCGGACUUGC